UUGUAGCCACUGCCCUCUCCCAAGUAUCUCCAAGGAGAAACUAAUAGGAUUGCGAGCAGCGCUGCGGCUGUGGUGACCUCUGUCUGCCGCAGGGAGAACCGCUCCACCGCUCAGCUCCGGAACUCCAGAGCGGUUAAUGUGACGAUGGCGGCCUAACGCUUCCAACGGCUGUCCGCAUCAUCACCACGACAACGGGCAUCCUUCCCACCCGGCCGCGCGAUGGAAGGCUGAGGGGAGCCAUGCUGAGUCUCCUCCAUAUCCCUUUAACAGGCCUGUUAAGUGUUCUGUGGGAUGGAGUUGCAGCUUUUGGUGGGGUCAGACUAAUUGACGGGGAGAACAAGUGUUCUGGCAGAGUUGAGGUACUCCGCCAUGACCAAUGGGGGACUGUUUGCGACCAUGGCUGGGACCUUCGGGAGGCCGAUGUGGUGUGCCUGGAGCUGGGCUGUGGCCUAGCUGAAUCGGCCCUUCACGGUGCAGUAUUUGGUGCAGGCAGUGGAGAGAUCUGGCUGCGGCAUGUCCAGUGCUCCGGACACGAGUCCAGUUUGACACGCUGUGCUGUUGUCCUCCACAGUUAUGCCUACUGCACCCAUGAGACAGAUGCAGGGGUGAGAUGCUCAGGUACCCUUUUAAUGCCCACCCUCACACUCCUGUCACCUCACACUGUGUUCUCUCCUGGAGAGGCUGUUCGCUUUGGCUGCAGUGUUUUGCUGGGUCACCACCUCAGUGACUUCCACCUGUACAAGCAUGGAGUGUCUACCCCACUGGUUACACAGAGGGCGGACCAGACCCAGACCAAAGUGGAGCUGACACUGUCCGACAUAGAGACUUUCCAUCAGGGCAGCUACAGUUGUCGGUACAGGAUCAAGCGCAGCUUCCCUUCUCAGCUGCUGAGCUCUCCACCCAGCAACUCUAUAAACAUCACUGUUGUGGAACUCCUGACUCCCCAACACUGGUUCAACACUUCGACUGAGGCCCCGGCUGGUUCCGUCAUUAAAGGCCACAAUUUUAACAUCACCUGCUCCACCCCGCAGCAGUACCCUGGAGGUUCUUUCCAGCUGCGUCUGAUCCGCUCCAACGGCACAGUGCGCCAGUCCCUGCCUGCCCUCACCCCAUCCGUCACUUUCACCUUUCCCAACGCCCAGAGCUCCAAUGAGGGAUACUACUACUGCCUGUAUCGGGUCCAGCUGGGUGGACGCACCUUCGUCUCCAGAGAAAGCCAACCCCUGCCUAUCGCUAUCAGAGACCCAGAUCCAGUACUGAGUCCAAUGGUGAUCAGCUGGCUUGUGUCCGGCCUGACAUUUGUUGUAGCCGUCAUCGUUAUAAUCAUUGUGGCCAAGGUGCUGUGUAACAAGGAGAAGAAGCCCACUGAACUGGAGCGAGAGACCAGAACCUGUGUGGAUAACACUUAUGUUGCCUUAUCAAUUAACAAGCUAUGACGGGGUAUGCAGGCAACCAGAUCACUAAAGAAUCACAAGUGGGAGGACAGUCAGGGGGCUCACUCUGCGUCCAUCGUGGAUUCAGCUGGCAGGAGACAGAACACAGAACCAAACAGCCCGGUCGGUCAUCCACCUCUGGAAAGAGGCACCACCUGGACCCAGUCCAGUCUGGAUCAGGCAGUUUUUAUUGGACUAAAUUAGAACCAAAUCAGACCAAACUUAAAGCUAGUGGUGCUGGGAAAUAAUGGAUGUGAUUGGCAUUAAAGCCUUGUAUUAUGAUGAGAUGUGAGCUAACAGCCGCAGAAGACUGACAGUAUAGAUCAUUUCCAGUUCAACGUCUGUAGGGGUUCCAGCUAGACUUCAGAUUUGGCUACUGCCAUGACGCCAGAUGUAUGGAGUGGAAAACUGCAACUAAAAGCUAAUCUGGGGACACUGUGAUGUGGAUCCCUCAGGUCUGUGUAAAUGCAUUUUGAAAACAUUCAGUAUUUAACACUAAAGGCUCCACUAGCUUAUUAUGUAUUCGCUUCUACAGAUCAAUAAUCCUUAAAGGAUUAGAAAAUGUUUUUUUUGUAUUUUAGGUCUAACCCAAAGCAUCUUAUGUCAUUUACAAUAUGUAAAUCACUGCACUUGAAGUUUAUAGAAGCUGUAGCUGAUUAAAACGUGCUGUUGUUGGA